AUUUUCAAUGCUUUUCAUUACAUCAUUUGCUGCUAUUAGGAGAAUCGGUGCUUCCAUAAGUUGUUAUACGUGUAGUUCCCGUAACGGAUCGGACCAAUACUGUGCCGACCCUUUUCAUCCGGCAAUGUCUAAGUAUAUCGAGAACUGUAAGGUUCCCAAACAGAAUCACAUCGGAGUAUUUCCCGCGAGAUUCUGUGUUAAAGUCAUCGGCAAAACAGCAACGACUGGUGAAGAGUUGGUGAUAAGAGCCUGUUCUCUGGUAAAUAUGGACAACCAAUGCGGAAACUUUAGAUUUGAAAAUGAUACACUUCAAGGCUGUAUAUUAACGUGUGAUUACGAUGGUUGCAAUUCAUCGCCAAAAUUAAUUAAAUUACACACAUUUCACUGCAUUAUACAAAGUUGA